AUGUCCCUAGACGAAGGAAGACAGUCACAACGCCCGUACCGAUAUGGCAUGGUUUUGCUGUGCGCGGGGGCCCUGAUCAAUUGGUUGGGAUUGGCCGAAGACUACGCUGAGCCGGUGCGCUAUGUGGGCGUGGCCUGCAUCGUCGCGGGAGCUCUGCUCAUCUGCGCUGCCAUGUGCUGCUGGCUGCAGUCCCCCGCCCGGCAACCACAGAACGACCGCGCUUCGCCUGAUACCCAUCAAAUUGACGACCCAAUCCAUGUGAUAUCGAUGCCGGAUGAGGAGACGAUGCAGCAGAAACCACCAGAUUACGACACGGUCGCCGGGGCCCCGCCCACUUACGACGACGCUAUCAAACUUAACCCGGCGCGGUUGCUCCCGGCGAGCAGCAGUCGCGUGGAGCCCUACCGCCCGGCCCCGGAGGCCCCUGUCAUUCCUGGCCAACUGGAUGAGGUACACUACCCUGUCGCCCCCGCGGGGGUACCGCUGACACACGGCCAGGUCCCCAAGACGCCCCCGCCCCCCUAUAGGGCUCCGAACCCCCCGCCAGCCAUCAGAUGA